UCUAGGGCUUGAUUUUCAUUUCUCCAUUUGCCGUCGCCGUUCGACUCCGUAGUUUUGCACGAUUCGCUUCUGCUGCUACUGUGUUGCUGUUCGACUUCGCUCCUUCCUGUUGGUUCGGAAUUCACGACGUUGAAGAUCCUUAUGCCGGCGGCGGUGGCGGAGGCCGAGGACGGCCUAAAAAAACUCGAGUUUCUUUCCCUCGUUUCGAAGGUGUGUACCGAACUUGAAAGCCAUCUGGGCUGCGGCGAUAAAAUUCUGGCGGAGUUCAUCACCGAACUUGGCCGGAACGCCGAAUCAGUGGAGGAAUUCGAUGCGAAGCUCAAGGAAAACGGAGCUGAAAUGCCCGACUAUUUCGUACGCACUCUCCUCACCAUCAUACAUGCAAUCCUACCCCCCAAAUCCAAAUCCAAGCCCAACUCUGAUUCUUCUUCGAAGAAAAAAUCUGCCCCCUUUCCCGGACUUUCCCGUGUGGACGACCGCGAACGCGUCAAGGAGCUAGAGCGUGAGAUCGAGAAGGAAGUUCAGGUUAAAGCGGACGAGGAAAGUAAGCACCGCGACAGGGAUCGCGAUAGAAAUCGCGAUCGCCAUCGCGAUCGUGAUCAGGACAGAGAUCGGAGAGUCCAUCGCGACCGUGAUCGGGAUCACAGGUAUGAUCGAGUCAGAGAUAGAGCUAGGAGUAAUAGAAGAGAAGAAUACAGCAACCAUAGAGCUUAUAGCGAUGAUGACGAAGGUGAUGGCAUGAGACAUGAGAGAACCCGUUCUAGCGGUGGAAGGAAUUCUGAUGAACCGGAGCUCUAUGAGGUUUACAAGGGGAAGGUAUUGCGCCUGAUGGACAACGGGUGCUUUGUUGAGUUAUCUGAUUUCAGAGGGAAGGAGGGACUUGUUCAUGUUUCACAGAUUGCCAAUAGAAGAGUCACCAAUGCAAAGGAAGAGGUGAAGCGUGGUCAGGAUGUAUAUGUUAAGGUGAUCUCAGUGUCUGGGAAAAAGCUUAGUCUAUCCAUGAGGGAUGUGGAUCAAAACACUGGGAAGGAUCUCCUGCCAUUAAGGAAGAGCACAGAGGAUGAAGCUUUAAGGACCAACCCCUCUAGUGGAAACAAUGGCCCUAUUGUAAGGAAAGGUCUUUCAGGCAUUACUAUCGUUGAGGAUGAUAAUAAUGCAUUGUCCAGGAGGCCAUUGAAAAGGAUGAGCUCGCCUGAGAAGUGGGAAGCAAAGCAGCUAAUUGCAGCUGGUGUUCUGGAUGUGCGUGAUUAUCCAAUGUUUGAUGAAGAGGGGGAUGGACUCUUAUAUCAGGAAGAAGGCGCUGAAGAAGAACUUGAGAUUGAACUCAAUGAAGAUGAACCUGCAUUUUUGCAAGGCCAGAGUCGGUUUUCCAUUGACAUGUCUCCUGUAAAGAUCUUCAAAAAUCCAGAGGGUUCUUUAAGCAGGGCAGCGGCUCUCCAGUCUGCUCUCAUCAAGGAGCGGAGAGAAGUUCGUGAGCAGCAACAGAGAACUAUGCUUGAUUCUAUCCCAAAGGAUCUCAAUCGACCGUGGGAAGAUCCAAUGCCGGAGACAGGGGAGAGGCACCUUGCACAGGAGCUGAGAGGUGUAGGAUUGUCUGCUUAUGACAUGCCGGAAUGGAAGAAAGACGCAUAUGGAAAAGCUUUGACAUUUGGCCAGAGAUCAAAACUUUCAAUACAAGAUCAAAGACAGAGUCUUCCAAUCUACAAAUUGAAGAAAGAACUGAUUCAGGCUGUUCAUGAUAACCAGGUAUUGGUUGUCAUUGGCGAGACUGGCUCUGGGAAGACUACACAGGUGACUCAAUACCUAGCUGAGGCAGGUUAUACUACAAGAGGAAAGAUUGGGUGCACACAGCCCCGUAGGGUGGCAGCAAUGUCAGUUGCCAAAAGGGUGGCAGAGGAGUUUGGUUGUCGGUUAGGUGAGGAAGUCGGUUAUGCUAUUCGGUUUGAGGACUGCACUGGGCCAGAAACUGUGAUAAAGUAUAUGACAGAUGGCAUGCUUCUGAGGGAAAUAUUGGUUGAUGAAAGCCUUUCACAGUAUUCUGUUAUCAUGCUCGAUGAAGCUCAUGAGAGGACAAUCCACACAGAUGUGCUCUUUGGUUUACUAAAACAGCUAGUGAAACGAAGGCCUGAACUUCGGUUGAUUGUCACUUCAGCCACACUAGAUGCAGAGAAGUUCUCUGGGUAUUUCUUCAACUGCAAUAUCUUCACAAUUCCUGGUAGAACAUUUCCUGUUGAGAUACUCUACACAAAGCAGCCAGAAAGUGAUUAUCUAGAUGCAGCACUGAUCACUGUUUUGCAGAUUCACUUAACAGAACCUGAAGGAGACGUUCUUCUUUUCUUGACUGGUCAAGAAGAGAUUGAUCAUGCUUGUCAAUCUCUUUAUGAGAGAAUGAAAGGUCUGGGUAAGAAUGUGCCAGAACUGAUUAUCUUGCCUGUGUACAGUGCUCUUCCCAGUGAAAUGCAAUCUAGAAUUUUUGAUCCUGCUCCUCCUGGUAAGAGAAAAGUUGUUGUAGCUACUAAUAUUGCGGAGGCUUCAUUGACAAUUGAUGGAAUAUUUUAUGUCAUUGACCCUGGCUUUGCUAAGCAAAAUGUGUACAACCCUAAACAAGGGCUUGAUUCCUUGGUCAUCACUCCUAUAUCUCAAGCAUCAGCUAAGCAAAGAGCCGGCCGUGCAGGGCGUACUGGCCCAGGGAAGUGUUAUCGUCUCUACACAGAGAGUGCCUAUCGCAAUGAAAUGUCUCCUACCACAAUUCCAGAAAUUCAGAGGAUUAAUCUUGGGACAACAACAUUGAAUAUGAAGGCUAUGGGGAUAAAUGAUCUCUUAUCUUUUGAUUUUAUGGAUCCUCCAUCGCCUCAAGCCCUUAUAUCUGCCAUGGAACAGUUGUACAGUCUAGGAGCUUUAGAUGAAGAAGGACUUUUGACUAAACUAGGGAGAAAAAUGGCAGAGUUCCCAUUGGAUCCUCCAUUGUCUAAGAUGCUACUUGCUAGUGUGGACCUUGGAUGCACUGAUGAAAUCCUGACCAUCAUUGCUAUGAUUCAGACUGGGAAUAUUUUCUACAGGCCAAGAGAGAAGCAAGCCCAAGCAGAUCAAAAGCGAGCCAAGUUUUUCCAGCCAGAAGGAGACCACUUAACUUUGCUUGCUGUUUAUGAGGCUUGGAAAGCUAAGAAUUUUUCUGGCCCGUGGUGUUUUGAGAACUUUGUACAGUCCCGUUCCCUUAGGAGGGCUCAAGAUGUUAGAAAGCAACUCCUCACUAUUAUGGAUAGGUACAAAUUGGAUGUUGUCAGUGCCGGUAAAAACUUCACAAAGAUAAGGAAGGCCAUUACUGCAGGAUUCUUCUUUCAUGCUGCUAGAAAAGAUCCUCAAGAAGGUUACAGAACCCUAGUGGAGAACCAACCAGUCUACAUUCAUCCCAGCAGCGCUCUCUUCCAAAGGCAGCCAGAUUGGGUCAUAUAUCAUGAGCUUGUCAUGACGACAAAGGAGUACAUGCGUGAAGUUACCGUCAUCGAUCCCAAAUGGCUUGUAGAACUCGCACCUAGGUUUUAUAAAUCUUCAGAUCCAACAAAGAUGAGCAAGCGAAAGCGUCAAGAGAGAAUCGAGCCACUCUAUGAUAGAUACCAUGAACCAAAUUCAUGGCGUUUGAGCAAACGCCGUGCUUGAUUUUUUUUGAAUUCUUGAUGGAAGUGAAUUCAAAAUUCACUCUUGAGUUUUGAAUUUCACUGAUGCUGUAAAUUUGUUCCUAUUUGUUGGAGUAAAAUAGUUCUUGCAAGUUGUGUAGCUUAGCUUUUUUAUGGGGUUAAGAAAUGUAAUCUUUUCCAUAGGUGAAAAACUAUUAAUCAAGUCGUCGUCUCUUUAGAUGUAUAAUACUAUUAGUACUAAUUCAAAUCUUUUGAAAGAGUAAAA